AUGAUUAGAAGCAGAUUGGGUUCUCGAGCAAUAAUACCAUUGUAUGGCAUAAGAAACGCCUGGCUUUCUCGGGCAGUUCAUAUCAACUCAUUUAUUUACCAAAAACAGAGCACUGGGCUUGAUAAUGGCGAGAAUACUCUCAACAAUAUACCAAUCGAGUCUGAUGGUGAAGUUGUUCAACUUGCAAAACCAAUAGAUAAUUUGAAUUUGGGUUUUCAGAAAAAUAGUAUUCUAUUGUUUUAUAAUUUGGCAGCUGCUUCAACUGUUUCAUCAAAGGGGUUUGAUCCGAUAACAUCGGAAGAAUACGGUCUUGAGGAGGAAGAAACCGAUGAUGUGUCAACUCCCUGGUAUUUGCGUGAUGAUAGUUCUGAGCUACAAGUCCCAAUCAGCGACAUUCAAAUGCCCGAAAUACCUGAAGAUGCUCCAAAAACACUUGAACCAAUCUUACUCGAUUUGACAAAACGAUUGGGUAUAUAUGAUGUUACAAUUAUGGAUCUUAAACUUUUGGAUUCAACCGACCAAACAGCUACAAAGGGUUUUGCUGAUUAUAUGAUCAUUGGGUCGUGCAAAUCGGAAAAACAUGCUUAUAAAGCUGCAAAAUUACAUGCUGAAUUUAUCAAAAAUACUUACUCUGAAAUCCCUUACGUUGAAGGUUUAGAUAAGUCUGCAACUUCAUCAGCAAAAUUAAAAAAAUUAAAAAAAAAAGCAAAAAAGAGAGUUUCUUCGGUGGAUAAAUAUUAUGGUGUAUCUGAUUCUUCUACAGCGAACAGUUGGAUUAUGAUUGACACUAAGUGUGAUAACAUCUUUAUUAACUUUCUAACUGAGCAAAGAAGAUAUGAUUUAAAUUUGGAGUUAUUAUGGUCGCCAAAAGAAGAACAUUACAAAUAUGUUCGUCACGAUCAAAAUAAAUUUGAUGAUAAUGACAAUAUUUUUUCUGGUAUUAGACGUUUUCAUUCUCUUUCUACUCCACAUUUGGAUUUGGAACUUAAACUCAACAAUUUCACAAACCAUACCAACUUUCAACCAAACUCUGGCUUGGGAACCAGAAAGUAUUCAACAAUGGCUCAAAAUGUUGAAGGAGUUGAAGGAUUUGAAAAAUUUGAACAAACAGGUGUCAAAUUUUUAAUUGAAAAACUCAAAGGUUUUCCUUUUUCUGGUAAUUUUUUAACGUCACUAUUGGCUUUUGACCGAAAUCCAGACCUUGCUUUUGAUAAUGAAGCUCUUGAUAACAUUUUAACAACAUUUGUUUUAUUUGCCAAUUUUUGCUACGUGAAAAAGUAUAAUGAUAUAAUUGAUAAGUAUUUUGUAGCUGCUUUUGAUGAAGUAUUUCCAUUAUAUGCGUCAAACAAUCAAUGGAUUAUAUAUUAUAAAUUUUUAGAGACAAUUCAUUUUAAUGAUCCAUCAUUGGUUUCUUUAGAGCAUCUAAAAGAAAAUUUAUAUAUGAAACAGUCUGGCGGCCAUAUGGUCACUCAAGAAGAUAUCAAAAUGUUUGUAAAUACUGUUGAAAAAUCUCCAGAAGUUUCAUUGAAUACCAAAUCACCUUCUAAGCUUGAGAAAAUUUUAAAUAAGAGAAUUUCUUUUAUAAUGUCCUUUUUCAAAGAUUGUUUUGUGUUGAGAACUCAAACAUUAGAAAUCAAUGAGGAUUUAUAUUUUUCAAUUUUGAAAGUUGCUGCUCCUCUUAAUUCUUCUCAUUUUAUAAAACCUGAACAAGUUUUGCUUGAAGUAUCUCGAGAAUUUUCUCCUGCGGUUCAUGUUUUAAAACCAAAAAAUUCUCUUGGAAACGACCUUUUUUUAUUCCCUGUUGAACAGCUUAUUAUGCUAACAGGCUACUUUUUCACCAACAAAAAUAUUUCUUUGGAAGUGAAGAAUAAAGCUUACUCUAUUUUAUUGAGUUAUAUGGUUUGUGCUGAUGAUUGGAUGGAUUUAUGGGCUUUGUGGUCCAGUAGAGGUGCUGUGCCAAAAGAUAUGUUGGAAAGAAAUUUAGCGUUUCGCACUACUCGAGGGUUUAAAUAUGAUAAAAAGCCUUGGAGUUAUUUUUUAAAUUUGCUUUAUUUAAAGGAUAAUCUUGCCGUCAAUAGAAAUUUGUUGACAAAAGUUAUGCCAUACUAUUUUAGAAACGAUUUUUUGAGUCACUUUAAAUCUGAAGAGCAGGAAAAAAUUAUAAACGGUUUGAAAAAAUUACUUAAUGUUGCUGAUCCUGAAAAACAAUGUAGUGAAAUAAGAGAUGCCAUUGAUUUUUGGUAA